UUUUACAAGAUUUGUGACUUUUGAGAAUACGGUAAUCUUGUGUAACCUGUGUAGGACGUACUUUUAAGGAUUUAAAUUUUUAGUUGAUGCCGGCAGCCACUGGUGUCUCUGGGACAUGCAGAUAAGAGAUGUCCAGAGAAAUUGCUCAACAUCAAAUGUAUUUGGGCACACAUAGAAGAGAAAGGUUAAAUAUUAACAGAAGAGCAGUGAUUGCUCUGGAGGGUUGGUCUUAUCACUAUCAAGCUGGAAAACUGGGGUGACCACGUGCAUAUAUAGGAACAGAGUGGAUCUCACUGUGUCAGAACUGCUGAUGGGAGAAGGUCAGCAAGCAGCUCGAGCUGGCAGCACCAUGAAGCUGCUCCUGCUGCUCCUGCUCUGCGUCCCCGCCAUUAAACCCCAGGCAUCUGUUGAAUAUGAUAAUGAGGAGGACAGCCCUCCAAUCGAUGUUCGAGGCCACCGACCCCUGGACAAACGGCGGGAAGCAGCCCCCACACUCAGGCCUGUGGCACCCCCCAUCUCUGGCACCGGAUACCAGCCCCGGCCCCCUAAGCGGGACAAGCAGGGCAUGAAGAAGGAGCGGAUCAUCUACCCUGACUCUGGUGGCUGCAAGCAUCCUCUGGAGGAGCUGGGAGUACUGUGUCCAACUGGGUGUGAGCUGCAAACGACACUGCUAAAACAGGAAAAAAUGGUGACAUCAGUUCUGCGUGAUCUAAAAGACAGAGUGGCCAAAUUUUCUGACACCUCUACAACUAUGUAUCAAUAUGUGAAUAUGAUAGAUGAUAAACUGGUAAAGACUCAAAAACAAAGAAAAGACAAUGAUAUUAUACUUUCUGAGUAUAACACAGAAGUGGAAUUGCAUUAUAACUACAUAAAGGAUAACCUGGACAAUAACAUCCCCUCUAGCCUCAGGGUCCUUCGUGCAGUUGUGGAUUCUUUACACAAAAAGAUACAGAAGCUGGAGAAUGCUAUUGCAACUCAGAUAGAUUACUGCCAUUCCCCGUGUGUUGCUUCCUGUAAUAUCCCAGUGGUUUCAGGCAGAGAAUGUGAGGAUAUUUACAGAAAGGGAGGUGAAACGUCUGAAAUGUACAUCAUCCAGCCAGAUCCUUUUACCAAACCAUACAGAGUAUACUGUGACAUGGAAACAGAUAAUGGAGGCUGGACUUUGAUUCAGAACCGCCAGGAUGGCAGUGUUAAUUUUGGAAGAGUGUGGGAUGAAUAUAAGAGAGGAUUUGGAAAUGUUGCAAAUAGUGGAGGGAAGAAAUACUGUGAUACACCAGGUGAAUAUUGGCUUGGAAAUGACAAAAUCAGCCAACUUACGAAGAUAGGGCCCACUAAAGUUUUGAUUGAAAUGGAAGAUUGGAAUGGUGAUAAAGUAUCAGCUCAUUAUGGAGGUUUCACCAUACAUAACGAAGGAAACAAGUAUCAGCUUUCUGUUAGUAACUACAAAGGCAAUGCAGGCAAUGCUCUGAUGGAAGGAGCUUCACAGCUGCACGGAGAAAACAGGACAAUGACAAUUCACAAUGGCAUGUUCUUCAGUACUUAUGACAGAGACAAUGAUGGAUGGUUAACUACAGAUCCAAGAAAACAGUGCUCCAAAGAAGAUGGUGGUGGAUGGUGGUACAAUCGCUGCCAUGCAGCCAACCCCAAUGGCAGAUACUACUGGGGAGGGACUUAUAGCUGGGAUAUGGCAAAACAUGGUACAGAUGAUGGUAUUGUAUGGAUGAACUGGAAGGGGUCAUGGUAUUCAAUGAAAAAGAUGAGCAUGAAAAUCAAGCCAUACUUCCCAGAUUAAUCAUUAUCAAAUUGUAUAGAAUCGGGGAUUUUCUUUUCGUAUUUGUACUUUUUUUUGGUUUUUUUUGGUAUGGUAUUCAGGCUUGUCUUUACAUGUGAGAACAAAAUAUGCAGGUACAACCAUAUCAGGACCCAAAGUGAAACACAAUGGCAACUGAAAAUCAAAAUCUGAACCAUGAAAAUAUGCCAUAAAGAGUAUUUUGUUCCAUUUUUUAUUUGUUCAUGAGACAAAAGUACUGGUCUAGAAUAAGGCUUAAGGCUGAAAAUAUGUAUAAAAAUAUAGCUGCUUCACUCUUUUAUGAAGAAGUUCCAUACCAAAUCUGAAGAGGGA